AUGCCAGCUCAAUUUGAAAGUACAAACACACCCAUUGUGAGGGAACCGACUAUAAUAAAUGGCAAUAGCAACGCAUACAAUCUCAACGAUGAGAUUGUCAUCAGCGGUUUUUCGGGUCGUUUCCCGGAAUCCACAAACAUUGAAGAAUUUAGGAAAAAUUUAUUUGAAGGCAUUGAUAUGGUCACAGAUGAUGAUCGUCGUUGGCCUACCGGUCUUUAUGGCUUACCGGAGAGAUCUGGUAAACUGAAGGAUAUCAAAUCGUUCGACGCAACCUUCUUUGGGGUUCAUGCGAAGCAGGCUCACGUAAUGGAUCCGCAGUUGCGUAUGCUGUUAGAAGUAACUUACGAGGCAAUUGUAGACGCUGGUAUCAAUCCAAACGAUAUCAGGGGAUCCAAGACUGGUGUGUUCAUUGGUGUUUCAUCGUCAGAAUCAGAUGAAUUUUGGACCAUUGAUCCGGAACAAAUUAACGGAUACGCAUUAACUGGCUGCUGCAGAGCUAUGUUUCCAAACAGAAUUUCAUAUACAUUCGAUUUUAACGGUCCUAGUUAUGCAAUAGACACAGCGUGUUCUUCGUCUCUUUACGCCAUGCAUCAAGCAAUUCGUUCAAUUCGCGUAGGGGAAUGUGAUGCAGCUAUCGUCGGUGGUUGCAACCUUCUCUUAAAGCCCCAGAUGUCCCUUCAAUUUCAUCGAUUAAGCAUGUUGUCUCAGGAUGGUGCAUGUAGAGCAUUUGAUGCUGAUGGCAAAGGAUAUGUCAGAUCAGAGGCUGUGUCGAUUAUUUUUCUGCAAAAAGCAAAGGAUGCACGAAGAGUAUACGCCACUGUUUUACAUGCCAAGACUAACGUCGACGGUAACAAAAGUCAAGGAAUUACCUUUCCCAGUGGAGACAUGCAGAACAAGUUGAUGCGCGAAGUUUACGCGGAAGUAGGUAUCAAUCCCGCAGAUGUUGCUUACGUGGAAGCUCAUGGAACGGGGACCAAGGUCGGAGACCCGCAAGAAAUCAAUUCUAUCGCGAAUCUAUUCUGCAAAGGUAGAAAAGGUCCUCUGUUACUUGGUUCUGUCAAAUCUAACAUGGGACACUCAGAACCAGCCAGUGGAGUAUGUUCUAUGGCAAAAUUGUUGAUCGCUAUGGAGUCCGGUAUAAUCCCAGGUAAUCUGCAUUUCAAGAGUCCGAAUAAAGACAUACCAGCAUUGAGCGACGGAAGUAUACAAGUUGUUGAUAAGAACAUGUCGUGGAAAGGCGGACUCGUGGCCUUGAAUUCGUUCGGUUUUGGUGGAGCCAACGCUCAUAUACUUCUUCGUAGCAACCCUAAGCCAAAGUUAUCGCCAGUUCUAGACAACAAAAUACCUAAACUGGUUACUGUAUCUGGUCGUAGUGAAGAGGCUGUGAAGUUACUUUUAGAUAAAGCGAAAGAACAUGAAAAAGACGAUGAAUUCAUUGCUUUGCUUCAUGAUAUUCAUGCGAAUGACAUAGCAGGUCAUCUUCAUCGGGGAUAUUCUAUUAUUGGAGAUGUUAACAUCGAAGAAAUUAGUCCAUACGUUAAUGACAAUCGUCCAAUUUGGUUUGUAUUCUCUGGCAUGGGAUCUCAAUGGCCCGGAAUGGCUAGAGAUUUGUUUUCUAUCGACGUAUUUCAGAGGAGUUUACGAAGAAGCGCUGAUGCUUUGAAACCUGAAGGAAUCGAUUUAAUGAAUCUUAUUCAAAAUGGAACGGCCGAGACCUUUGAUGAAAAUGUUGUGUACUCGUUUGUGUCAAUUGCAGCUAUUCAAGUUGCUCUUGUAGAUGUAUUAACACAUCUGGGUGUUCAACCUGAUGGUAUUAUUGGACAUUCCGUCGGCGAAUUAGGAUGUGCCUAUGCAGAUGGCACCUUUACUCCAGAACAAACGGUUUUGGCUGCAUAUUGGAGAGGAAGAACAAUCAUGGACUCAAAAUUGGAGCCAGGCGCAAUGGCUGCUGUAGGAUUAAGCUGGGAAGAAACGGUAGGUCGAUGCCCACCAGACAUAAUACCAGCCUGCAAUAAUUCAGCAGACUCUGUGACAAUUUCUGGACCAAUCGAAUCUAUCAAGAAAUUCGCUGAAGAUUUACAAAAGGAUAAUAUCUUCGUAAAAUUGGUAAAUAGCUCUGGUGUCGCUUUCCAUAGUAAAUAUAUAGCCCCAGUGGGUCAAAAGCUUCGUGUUAUGUUAGAGAAGAUUAUAUCAAAUCCCAAACAAAGAUCUUCCAGAUGGAUUUCUACAUCACUUCCCGAAUCAGCUUGGGGCACUCCAUUGGCACAACUUAGCAGUGCUGCUUAUCACGUGAAUAACCUGUUGUCGCCUGUAUUAUUUCACCAAGGAUUAUCUCAUAUCCCAGAUAACGCGGUAGUUAUUGAAAUUGCACCACAUUGUCUAUUACAAGCAAUUUUGCGUAGAUCAUUGCCACCAACUGUGACCAAUAUUGGUCUACAUAAACGAGGUCAUACAAACAAUCUGAACUUCCUACUGGAAAAUGUAGGAAAAUUAUACUUAGCAGGAGGACAGCCCAAAGUAUCUAAGCUGUAUCCACCGGUUAAAUAUCCAGUUGGUCGUGGUACACCAAUGAUCAAUACCUUGAUUAGAUGGGACCAUUCUGUGGAAUGGAGCGUUGCCAGUUUUGCAGGAAAAUCUAAAUCUUUUGGUGAAAAUGUAGUGGAGGUAAAUCUGGCCAAAGAAACUGAUGCUUAUUUAGUUGGACAUUGUAUCGAUGAAAGAGUACUCUUCCCUGCAACUGGUUAUCUAAUAAUUACUUGGAAAACCUACGCGAAAUUGCAUGGGACGGACUACGAGAAAUUGCCGGUUACGUUUGAGAAUGUAAAAUUCGAAAGAGCUACCAUUAUGCCGAAGGAAGGCAAUAUAAAAUUUUUGAUCAACAUAUUCAUGGGCACUGGAGAAUUCGAAAUUUGUGAGAGUGGAUCCGUUGUUGUAACUGGAACAAUUUCUGUACCGGAAAAUGUUGAGAAAAUGUUAUUAAAUGUACCAGCACCAAUUGUAAAAAAUGAAGGUGAAGUAGUGGAAUUGAAUGCCACUGACAUUUACAAGGAACUCAGACUACGAGGAUACAAUUAUACAGGAAUUUUUCAGGGAAUUAAAUCUGUUCACAAUGGUGGAGUCUCUGGUAGACUUCUCUGGUUGAACGACUGGAUUUCGUUCGUUGAUACUAUGCUUCAAUUCACCAUUCUUGAAAAAGAUUCUAGAGGAUUGUACGUGCCAGUUCGGUUGCAAUAUGCUGCCAUCAACCCUAUUGUUCAUUUAAAUUUCGUUAAAAAUUAUAAGGAAGACGAAGGUGUUCCAGUGUACAAUUAUCCUAACAUCGGUAUUAUCAAAUCAGGCGGUAUUGAGAUCAGAAAGAUGAAAGCCUCUUUGAUUGCAAAGAAGGAACAGUUCCGAUCUCCGAGAUUGGAGAGAUGCUUGUUCAUGCCUUAUCAAAAUUCUCAAUCAUUAGUACAAGAUCCAGAAAAGGCUAAAAUUCAUGCCCUUAAUAUACUACUACUAACAGUUUUCGAAAAUAUAUAUGGAAUCAAAAUCAAAAUUGUCGAAGCUUCUGGAAAUCGUCCUGUGGAUUCUCUACUCUUGCCUUAUGUACAGGCAUGGUGUUAUGAACAACCUUUGAUAAAUGGGGAUUUACAACUGGCUGCAAUUUUGCGCAAGUACUACGCCAGUUUAGGACAAGAUAUAAAAGUUGUAAAACUCAACGAAGAAAGAGAACCGAUUGGCCAUGAUUUACAUCUUGUAAUAGCUAGCAAUGUAUUGUCUAGAAAUUUGUCACAUGUAUUGAAAAAUUUAAAAGACAGUAUAAUAGAUGGAGGAUUCAUACUUUUGGAAGAAACGGACAAUUCUGAUGUUAAUUUGACAGAUCCAGAUUUAGCGUAUGUAGCCAAACAGGUCAUUCCUGGAAAAUCUUAUCUUUUACUCAAAAAGAAGAAAGUAAGACCCGAUCCUAUUGUUAUACAACUGACGGAAAAGAAUUAUAUGUGGGUGGAAGGUAUGGUUGGAUUUAUGAAUUGCAUCCUUCUCGAAGAAGGUGGUGCAGAAGCGUCUUACAUUUUCAUUCAAGAUAAGAAUAUGCCCAAAUUUAGCUUAAGUAAUAAAUUUUAUGCUGAACAACUGGACAAACAGUUGAUCGCUAACGUUCUGCGAGGAGGUCAAUGGGGAUCCUACAAACAUAUUGAAUUAGACCAGCAAAAUAGAGAAUCUCUUCAAGUUGAACACGCUUACAUUAACGCUUUGAAUAGAGGUGAUCUGAGCAGUUUAAGAUGGAUUGAAAGUUCAUUGAGCUACUAUCAGCCAGAAAAAUUCCCAAACACUGAGUUGUGCUCUGUAUACUAUGCUCCAUUAAACUUCAGGGAUAUCAUGUUGGCGACUGGAAAACUGCCACCAGACGCUCUUCCCGGAAAUUUAGCUUUGCAAGAUUGUAUACUAGGUCUUGAAUUUUCUGGACGUGACUCCAAGGGUCAACGAAUUAUGGCUAUGGUGCCAGCACGUGGUUUGGCGACUACUGUUAUAGCUGAUCCUGGUUUCAUGUGGAAAGUACCUGACAACUGGUCUUUAGAAGAAGCAGCGACCGUUCCAGUUGCUUAUGCUACUAGUUAUUAUGCUCUCUGCGUUCGAGGUCGUAUGAAGCCUGGUGAGAGUGUUCUGAUUCACGCUGGUAGCGGAGGUGUCGGGCAAGCGAGUAUCUCCAUAGCCUUGCACGCAGGAUGCAAAGUAUUCACUACUGUUGGGACACAAGAAAAGCGGGACUUCUUGAAGAGAAUGUUCCCUGUAUUGACUGACAGGAAUAUCGGCAACUCUCGAGACACUAGCUUCGAGCAGCUGAUACUUAAUGAAACUAACGGACAUGGCGUAGAUAUAGUGCUGAACUCGCUAGCCGAAGAGAAACUACAAGCUAGCAUCAGAUGUCUCGCUCAAGGUGGUCGUUUCCUUGAAAUUGGAAAGUAUGAUUUAUCAAGAGAUUCGCCUCUAGGAAUGUCUGUGUUUCUGAAGAACGCGUCUUUCCAUGGAAUACUUUUGGAUGCCAUCAGUGAAGAUGAUGGACCAGAAAGACGAGAAGUUGUAAAACUCGUCAGUGAAGGAAUAAAGAAUGGUGCUGUUCGUCCACUUCCUUCCACGGUCUUUUCAGAACACCAAAUUGAACAAUCAUUCAGAUAUAUGGCUACUGGUAAACAUAUUGGUAAAGUUUUGUUGAAGAUUCGAGAGGAGGAAACGAAGAAAGUUGUACAACCAGCACCGAAGGUUGUUUCUGCUAUUCCACGAACGUACUUUAAUCCUGAAAAAUCAUACGUAUUAGUUGGUGGUCUCGGUGGAUUUGGUUUGGAACUCGCAUAUUGGAUGGUCUUACGUGGUGCAAAAUACAUAGUCUUAACAUCGAGAUCCAAAGUACGUACUGGCUUCCAGGCGUUGUGCAUUCGUCGCUGGCGCAAUAUGGGUGUGCAAAUAAAGGUUUCGACAGCAGAUAUAACAACAUUGGAUGGAGCGAAACAACUUAUGCGAGAAAGUAGUGAAUUGGCACCAGUUGGUGGUAUAUUCAAUUUGGCAGCUGUUUUGCGAGACGGUCUGAUUGAAAAUCUGACUGAAUCUGACUUCGUAAUAUCAGCGUUACCUAAGAUUGUCGGAACCAAGAAUCUGGAUAUAAUAUCGCGCGAAUAUUCCUCGUUAGAUUACUUUGUUGUAUUCUCAUCUAUUACAAGCGGAAGAGGCAACUUGGGCCAAACUAAUUAUGGUCUUUCAAAUUCUGCUAUGGAAAGAAUAAUGGAACAAAGACAAGCAGUUGGUUUACCUGGUCUUGCUAUUCAAUGGGGAGCCAUUGGCGAUGUUGGUAUAAUUUUAGAAAAAAUGGGUGCUUUUAACGAUACUGAGAUUGGUGGUACUUUGCCGCAGCGCAUACAAAAUUGCCUUGAUACAAUGGAUAUAUUUCUUCAACAGCCACAUCCGAUUCUAUCCUCGUAUGUUGUGGGAAAUAAAAACAACUCCGCAGAAAAUGUAAACAAAGUUAGUGUUGUCCAAGCAGUGGCUAAUAUUUUGGGCAUUAAAGCAGUAGAAUCGGUUAAUGGUAAUACUACUUUAGCUGAUCUGGGAAUGGACUCCUUGAUGGGAACAGAAAUUAAACAAACUCUUGAGAGGAACUAUGAUGUAGUGUUAUCUGCUCUUGAAAUUCGUAAUUUAACAUUCGACAAAUUAGGAAAAUUAGACAACUCUUCUACAGAAGAAACAAAAGAUGAUGAUGACGAAACUGAGGAAGUAAUGAUGCAGGACGAUGGUUUACUCUUAUUUGAAGAUACGGAGAUCGUACCUGUCGAGGUUGUUGUCUCAUUGAAGACAGCGAGUUCGAGCGGGCAGCCAUUGUUCUUCGUUCCCGCUAUUGAAGGAGUUAUUGCACCAUUCAAAACUUUGGCUGGUGAAUUAAACCGACCUGCUUGGGGUUUCCAAUGUGUAGAAGAUAGUCCGUUAGAAUCUGUAUCGGCGUUAGCUAAUUUCUACGUGAAGAAAAUGCAGAAGAUCCAAAGUCGAGGACCAUAUAAUAUAGUAGGAUAUUCCUUCGGAGCUUGUAUCGGAUUUGAAAUGGCUGUUCAAUUAGAGAAAGCUGGGCACAAGACAAACUUAACUCUCAUUGACGGUUCACCGGAUUUCCUGAAAUUACAUUCUCUGGAACUUGGAAAGCGUGCUACUGAAGAUACUUCAGAAGUGAUUGCGGACGGUUUACGAAAGGCUUUAUCGUACUUUGUCAGACAAUUUAAUAACAAGAUUACGUUCCUUCAGGCAUACGAAAUGUUGAAACAAUUAUCCACUACUGACGACGUAUUAAACAAAGUGGUAGAAAUAAUAAAUGAACCUAAUGUGAAAUCUGAAGAUUUAAAAGUUGCUGGUCUACUAUUUUACAAGAAAUUGAAAGUGGCUUUCUUCUAUGAACCAGAGAAAUAUAAUGGAAAUAUUCUAUUGCUUAGAGCUCAAGAUAACUUUGUCCCUCUAUAUAAUGACUAUGGUUUAUCAAAGGUAAUUAUUACGUUUACAUAAGAAACAUUAAGUUAGUCAUAUAAAUAUAUUCCAUUUUUUAAUUUCUUAUAUGUUCUUAUAGAUUUGCAAUAACGUGGAAGUUAGAGAAAUACCUGGAAACCAUAGGAGUAUUUUAGUAGGAAAGAACGCAUCACAAGUUGCAAAUGUUUUAAGAUUGUAAAAAAUACGUCUCGACUUCUAAAAUUAUUUGAGAAUUUUCUAUUAAUAUCAUUACUUAAAUGUACAUAAAUGUUGCAUAGAUAUAUUUCAAAGAACUCUCAAUGUACAUUGAUAUUGAUGAAGAUCAUGAAAACUUAAUGUUUAAUAUUUAAUGAUUCCUAUAUUUUUCUGUGAAAUUCCUUUUGUACAAAUAUCUCUUCGUUAGGUCCCUAUAUGCAUUGUUUAUAUCAUUUGUAUUAUUAAGUUAUAUGGCCAAUUUCUCUACUUUCUAAUCGUAAAUAUCUCGAGUUGUGAAAUGAAAAAUAAGUAUCAAGUUAAAAGAAUGAUUUCGUUUUUUUAAAUUAUGCACACAUAAAUUGUUAUUAUUAUAUGUUCAUAAUACACUUCAGAAACAUUUAUAUAUACUAUAGGUUUUUGUAAUGGUUUUAUGGUGGACGAUUACCAUUAUUUAAACAUAUAUACAUAUAGUGUCCAUAUAUACACUUAACAGUUUAUUAAAUUUUACACAAUGUCAUUAUUAUUUUGAAUUCAAAUUUUUUAAACAUUUACUUCUUUUCUAACAAAUAGAAAAAAAUGUACAAAAAAUAUUUAACAAAGAUAACAAUUGACAACAGUUAUACAUUUUUUCCACUCUUACACUUUUGAAUAGUGUAUAUGUUAAAUCUAAUAAGAUAGAAACAUUCCAGUGAUCAAUACAUAUAUAUCCUAUAUAUAUUUAUACACAUUCACAAUAUAUUGCACAUAACAUACUUAAUGCUUUGUCAAAAGCAACUAUUUAUACUAUAUUUUUUCAUUAGCAAUAAUUCAUGUUCAUAAUUAUAACUAUACAUGUUCAUAAUUAUCUUAAUUGUCAUUAAACGCAUACAUUAUGGAUUUGUCAUAUGUUCUUGUAUCAUAUCAAUAAGUAAAUAAAAAAUAAAUUAUCAACUUAAGUUCAUUCUCUUACAAUCCAAUAAAUUUUUAUACAAUACUGAUAUCAUAUAAGUAUCUAAUGUAUGUAUACACAUACACACACACACAAACAAAAUGUUUUAAAGUAAAAUAUUUUAUUAAAAGGAACAUUUUAAAGAUAAAUUUUCAAUAUAAAAUUAUAAUGAAUAUAUAAUUUUUUAUUUAUAGAAUGAUUUUAUUUUUCUUGUUUUAGUCGAUGAUUUGGAUCAGAAAUUGCAGCAUUUGGAUCACAUGUAAAAGAUAUGGUCAACGCAUAUCGAGUUCCCGAUUGUACUUUUUCAACUACGUGUAAAUUCUCACUACCUGAAGUAAACAUAGAUACCCUACCUACAACAUAAAUUUAAACUAACAUUACUUUUCUUUCAUCAACAGUACUGUUUUUGCAAUUAUUAUUUACCUUUGCGGGGUUCUACUAUAGUUUUCACAUUAUUUUUAUCGAUAAACAUAAAUCGGCCUCCUUCAAAAUCCUUUCCAAAAUCAUUCAGAUAAAGUAAAGUUGUAUAGUGAAAAGAUUCAUAUGUUUCCUGUAACAAAAAUUUCAAUUUGAAAAAGAAAUAUAAAUUAUUUAAUCAUAAAUAAUUUAUAUACCUUAUCAAUGUGAGGAUGCCAGUAUUCGUCAUGUAUCGUUUUUGCAGACACAUUAGUCAUUUGAGAAAAAAAAGUUGGCUUUGUUAAAAAUAUUUUGUUCGAAGGUAUGCCAAAGUUAUGUGCUACUGCAUGUUGUAUUUUAGUUUUUACUACUCUGUAAAUGUUAUACAAUUACAACGUAAAGUUAAUUUUAUUUUUAAAAACUAUAAAGAACUUGCAUACUUAUAAAUUGCAAAAUCAGCACUAUUGAAUAUCUUUUUUGCUUCUGGUAAAGUAUAAAUGUCUAUAAAACCUUGACCUUUACUCAGUGCACCAGAAUGAAGAUCCAAGAUACUUGCACCUCCAUCAGAACCACCAAAAUUCAAACCACUUACUGCUAUUUUCAAUAAGACAUCAGUUUCUGUUGACGAUACUAAUUUAUCUGUAACUAUCCUCCCACAUUUUUCAGGUGCACAGUCAGGAUAUUUACUUGUCUCUGUUUUAUAAUCACUUGAACAUCCAACAUUCAAUGUGCGACUUAAUAAAAUCUCUUUUUGUUUUGCUAAGUAAAUCUCUUUUCCUUGUCUGCUGCCAUACCAAACUAUAAAUAAUACUGGAAAUAUCAGGGCAGAACGAGACCAUACUCUUUGAUAAGGAAAUCUUAUAGAAGGUCCAUAUUUUCUGCAAAAUAAUAGUAUUAUAUAAAUUUUCAAAAUAACGGGUCAUAAUUAUAUUGAUAAAAUGAUUUGAGAAAAAUUAAUUACAAACUAAUUUUUAUACAUAUGAACUUUUUAAGAUAUACUAAAAAAGAAACAAAAAUAACAUACAAUAAAUAAUACGUGUCAUAUUGUAAACAUACGAAAAUAACAUUAACCUAUGAAACAAUAUUACAAAAAAUACUAAUAAACAUUAAUAAAUUCUAUAAAUUCUAUAACAUUAAUAAAAUCUAUAAUCAUAUAUAAUUUGUUAAGUUAAUGCUUUACAUAAAUGAAUUGCGUUUUCAAUAAUAUUUUUACACUUUUUUUAAAUUAGAUUUUUAUAUUACAUACAACUUAACAUUGUCAGUUGUGUCUUUUUUCACAUAUUCUUCAGUUUUUUUUUCCUUUUUCUGACUUCUUUUUUCUUUUCCUACUUGUUUCUGUUUUACUUUCUUAGUUUCUUGUGUCAUUUUCAAUACAAUUUCUUUAACAGUGCAAUACUUGCAUGAAAGGCCUGCUUUCUCUAUAAUCUAUUCUAUAGUAUGUAUAUUGUAUAGUUAUCAAGUAUGUAGAUAUAUACUUACUACGCAGAACAAAAUUCAAAAAAUGACUUAAAUAAUUAA